AUGUCUUCCCCAGGGCUCCACUGAGAGAUGACCAUGCCUCAGAGCCCCACGUCCAGCGAGGAGAUGGCCCAGAGCUUCUCCGACUGCUCUGCGGGGUCCGAGUCGGAGAGCUCCAGGGAGGAGCUCCAGCCCAUGCCGCGGCCCAGCAGCGGGCGUCUGGACCCGAGCACUGACUCGGACUCGCUGCUGAUCUGCUUGGUCAUACCCGACCUGCAGCAGUCUAAAUCCAUGCGUUUCAAAGCCGACGCCACAGUGUGGGUGGCAAAGCAGGAGAUCCUCUGCACCCUCACCCAGAGUCUGCGGGACGUGCUCAACUACGGGCUCUUCCGGCCGGCCGUGGACGGGCGCGAGAGUGGCUUCCUGGACGAGGAGCGGCUCCUCCGGGACCAUGCCCUGCCCACCAACAAGGGCAUCCCCACUCUGGAGUUUCGCUACAAGAGCAGAGUCUACCAGCAGCCAAAUGUGGAUGAGAAGCAGAUAACAAAAUUGCACACUCAGGCAAACCUGCGGAAAUUCACGGACUACAUCCAACAGCAUCACCUGGACAAAGUUUCCAAGUUCCUGGAGAAGGGCCUGGACCCCAACUACCACGACUCAGAAUCGGGUGAGACACCCCUGACCCUUGCAGCUCAUCUGGACAACAUGGUGGAGAUCAUCACUGCUCUCAAACACGGAGGCGCUCACCUGGACUUCCGCUCCAGAGAUGGCAUGACCGCCCUCCACAAAGCUGUCCAGUCCAAGAACCAGAUCACACUGAAGGCUUUGCUGGAGCUGGGGGCCUCUCCAGACUAUAAGGACAGCCAGAGCCUGACGCCGCUCUAUCACACGGUGCUGGUGGGGGGCGACCCCAGCUGCUGUGAGCUGCUGCUGCGAGCCCGAGCCUCUGUCUCCUGCCACGACGAGAACGGCUGGCACGAAGUCCACCAGGCUUGCCGCUACGGCCAUGUGCAGCACCUGGAGCAUCUGCUGUUCUACGGUGCAGACAUGAGUGUGCAGAAUGCCUCGGGCAACACAGCCCUGCACAUCUGUGCUCUCUACAAACAGGAAAACUGUGCCAGAGUUUUGUUGGUGCGUGGAGCCAACAAGGAAGUCAAGAACCAUCGGGGACAAACCCCCUUUCAGGUGGCUAUUAUUGCUGGAAACUUUGAACUGGCAGAAUACAUCAAAAACCACAAAGAGGCUGAUAUUGUGCCUUUCCGAGAGGCCCCGUCCCCGUCGGCGUGCACUACGAGCAGGCGUCCGGCGGUCCGGAGCACGCUGUCCGCCCCGCGCGUGCUGCUGCGCUCCAACAGCGACAACAACCUGCACGUGCAGCUGGGCCACCCCCAGCCGCACCGCCCGCGCUCCCGCUCGCCCUCGCCCUCGCCGGCCUCCCCGCUGCGCAGCCUCUCGCCCCGCCGCCCCGCGCAGCAGAUGCAGAGCAGCCCCAAUGGCACGGUGAGGACCAUGGGCAGGGGGGCCCAUGCCGCGCGCUCCCGUUCGCCCUCGCUGGGCCGCCUGGCCGCCGGGGACGCGCGCCGCCAGCAGAACCCCCCGCGCAAGACCAGCCCACGGCCCAGCAGGGAUGGCCUGUCCAGCGCAGAGACCCCCAUCUCCAAGCGCAAGAUGUACAGCGCUGUCCCAGGCAGACACCACGUAGUGGUGAAGUCUUACCAGCCACAGUCUGAGGGCGAGAUCACGCUGUACAAGAACGACCGAGUCAAAGUGCUGAGCAUUGGAGAAGGGGGCUUCUGGGAAGGCAGUGCGCGUGGGAACGUGGGAUGGUUCCCCGCAGAGUGUGUGGAGGAGAUCCCCAACAAGGCCAAUGAGGACCGACCCUAUUCCAGAGCUGACCGAUCAGAGAGAAGAAAGCUAUUUCGACACUACACAGUGGGAUCCUAUGACAGCUUUGAUGCAUCAAGUCCUGCGCUGGGGCGUCUGGGCUCAGUGGAGGUGCAGCAGUGGAGCCGCGUGCCAGUCUCAGAUCCUCUUCUCACCGUUUUUUGUUUUUGUUGGUUUUUUUGCCUGGGCUCUUGUCUUGGUGCCCUCUGCUUCUCAGCUGAUACCCCUAUCGAGGAGUUCACUCCGACCCCAGCCUUCCCUGCCCUGCAGUACCUGGAGUCUGUGGAUGAAGGUGGGGUGGCCUGGCAGGCAGGACUGCGCACCGGGGACUUUCUCAUUGAGGUGAACCAGGAGAACGUGGUCAAAGUGGGCCACAAGCAGGUGGUGAACAUGAUUCGGCACGGCACCAACCACCUGGUCAUCAAAGUGGUGACGGUCAGCAGGAAUCUGGACCCAGAUGACACGGCGAGGAAAAAAGUGCCCCCACCUCCCAGGAGGGCUCCCUCCACGGCGCUCUCCAUGCGGUCUAAGUCCAUGACCUCUGAGCUGGAAGACAUGGUUGAACAAGGUGCCACUUUGAGGAAAAAGAGGGGUGAUGCUCAGCCUUCUAAUAUUGAGGGUCUGAAGAAGAGGAUUGUAUUUCAAGUCACACUAAAUAAGGUGGACGAAAUAAUACCCACUCAGAAGCCCCCGUGGGAUAAUUCAACGAUUGACACAAGGGUCGCUGCGGUCAAACCAAGGCCAACCAGCAGAUGCUUUGCUGUGGCCCCUGAGAUGAAUUCUUUGUGCAAUAGCCAGGAUGUGGCAGUUGCCUCCCCUCCAGUGCCUGGAAGUCCCCGAGCAGGCUACCUGGAUGUGCCGAGAGCAACUAUGAGGCGGCAGACAUCUAUAGGUGUGACUGAAGAGGAGAAACAGUUUCUUACACCUCCAGUGCUGAAAUUUACCAGAAGCCUUUCUAUGCCGGACACAUCGGAGGACAUUCCACCUCCACCAGCCAUCUCCCCGCCUUCCCCUCCGUACAACAAUGGCAACAACCCUCCCACCCCCAACCGGGCCUACGGCACCAUCCGGGCCGGGUUCACCCAGGGCCCGGCCUCUAACAGCACGGCCCCCGAGAGAGGAGACGCGGGCAUGGGGUCAGCGUGGAGGGAGCAGGGCCCAUUCUAUAGGGACAGUCCAGAGCACUUCCAGACAGGGGACUUCAACCACUCGGGCCCCACGGCUCAGCAGAGCCUCCACAUGAGGCGAGCCCAGGUGCCUGAGAACCCCUACUCGGACAUGAGCAAGAACCACCCGAGCCUGUUUGCACCGAACAAGCCGAUGCGGAGGAAGGGCAUGCUGGUCAAGCAGCCCAACGUGGAGGACAGCCCGGAGAAGACCUGCACCAUCUCCAUCCCCACCAUCAUCAUCAAGGAGCCGUCCACCAGCAGCAGUGGCAAGAGCAGCCAGGGCAGCAGCAUGGAGAUCGAGACGGGCGUCCAGGACCACCCGGGCCAGCUGCGGCCCGACGACCUCGGCCCCAGCAACCCGUUCGCGACUGCCAUCGUGCACCGGCGUGAGAAACGGCUGGAGAUCCACAGGAACUCCCCGUCCUUCCGCUCCACGGAUUUGGCCGACGACGACUCGCCCGCCCCAACUCCGGCCCCGCGACUGCGGCACUCCAAGUCCAUCGACGAGGGCAUGUUCAGCAGCGACGAGCGCCUGCGGCGGCUCAUGGCGCCACCCACCUCCCUCCUGAGCAUCCCGCGGGGCGGCGGGUCCGGCGGAGGCAACGUGACGGACUUCAACAGCCCCGAGCCCACCAUGGUGCGCGAGGUGCUCAACACGCGCACGGGCCACCACAGCCCCAUCAGCCUGCCCGCCAACAAGACCUACAACGUGGGCGGCGGCAACUACGUGCACCCAGUCACGGGGAAACCCCUGGACCCGAACUCGCCGCUAGCCCUGGCGCUCGCUGCCCGCGACCGUGCCAUGAGGGAGCAGUCGCAGCCGCUCCCGCUCAAGAGCGACCUGUCCAAGCCCGACCUCAACAAGCCCUUAUUCAUCGACACCAAGCUGCGGUCGAACGUGGCGGUGAGCUUCUCAGCCACGGCUACCAUGGGUCGGCCUGGGAGAUCGGCCCUGCGCCGGCAGAUGACGGAGGCCAAGUACGAGACCGAGUCCAAGCAUGCGUACAGCAUGCAGGACGGACUCCAUCUGGGCGGCAAGGAGGAGAAGAGGCCAGAGGAGAAGAAGAACAUGCUCAUCGACAUCGUGGACACGUCGCAGCAGAAGUCAGCCGGACUCCUGAUGGUGCACACCACAGAUGGUGCCAAGAAGGACAGCAACAGCCUGUCCGAUGGAGAGCGCGAGGAGGGCGUCAGCUCGGACAGUGCCCCCGGUGAGCUCCGCGAUCCCAACCAGCCGGCCGCCCCCACCCACCCUGUCAUGCCCAAAUCUCUCUCUGCCAACCCUCCCCACGGGAAGACCAUCAUCACCAUCAGCUCUGUGGACGAGCCGGUCAAGCUGCCCUUCGGCAUCCCUCCCCCUCCCCUGGCGUCGGUUGACAUUGAUGAGGAGUUUCCAUUCACUGACCCUCUUCCUCCCCCACUUGAGUUUGCCAACAGUUUCGACAUCCCCGAGGACCAGGCGGCUUUGGCUGAGCUGCUCAAGCAGAAGGCCAAUGGCACGAGAGGAUCCUCGCUCACCCCCUUUUACUCACAGCUCUCCGCAGGGAACGCCGAGAUCAAGAGGCCCGCGGUGCUCACCAAUUGCACCCCGCCCAGUUUCCCGCCGAUGGACACGUAUGAGCCAAUCACCGAUUCGGGCAUCGAGGUGGACAGUCGGAGCAGCGGGGACCCCCAGUUGGAGACAACCAGCACGGUCUCCACCGUGUCCAGCAUCUCCACCCUGUCGUCGGAGGGAGGCGAGACUCUGGACACAUGCACGGUCUAUGCAGAUGGACAGGCCUUCUUGGUGGACCGGCCCCAGGCCAUGUCCAAGCCAAAGCUCAAGCCCAUCCUCAAUAAAAAUGCACUUUACAAAGAGGAGGAGAGCAUGAGCCCUUUCAGGGUGCCCAGCUCCAUCCCGCCCCACCCUCCAACCCCCGCGCCCCCGGAGCCCCCCAAAACACCGACCCAGCGAACCUCAAAGCUCUGGGGCGACCCUGGCGACCUGAAGAGCCCCCACGCGUCCGACCUCAAGCCCCACCACGGCAUGGGCGAGCUGAACUCCGCCCUGCAGCACAUGAACAAGGACAAAACGCCAAAGCCAGGGGAGGCGUUAGACUCUCCCACGGGAUCCAGGACUCACUUUGAAAGCAGGAAUCCAGACGGUCUGUCCCUUGUCUCAGGUACACAGCAGAACACCACAGUCACUUUCUCCACCCAGCCCGGCCCCAAUGUGCCUCCAAACUCCACUGCCACCCCGCCCUCGAGCCUGCCCCCCUCCCACCACCACCCGCACCAUGCACUCCCGCACCACCACCACCACCACCACGGCCCCAACCCCAUCAUGUCCCCGCCGGACUCGGGCCUUGGCUGCACCUCCUCGUCCCUGCCGCCGUCCGCCACCUCGCCCACCAUGACAGACGUGUUCGGCCUGCCCACGCCGCCGCUCAGCCUGGGCACGGGUCGCAGUCGCUCGCCAUCGCCGCUCACGCUCAUCCAGGCGCCCUCCAACAAGCCCUUCGCCACCAAGCCCGUCGUCAUGUGGACCAAGCAUGAUGUGGCCGACUGGCUGGAGAGCCUGAACCUGGGCGAGCACCGGGACGCCUUCAUGGAGAACGACAUCGAGGGCAGCCACCUGCCCAACCUACAGAAGGAAGAUCUGAUAGACCUGGGGGUGACGCGGGUGGGCCACCGCAUGAACAUUGAGCGAGCAUUGAAAGUGCUCUUAGACAGAUGAGAAUAGGCUCGGCUCUUUGCAAUGACAUCAGAACUCCAUAAGGCUACCAUUUUCUUUUUAUCUUUUGUUGAAGUUCUCUUGCUUUUGAUGUUUGGCUUCCUUCUCCCUUUUUUUUUUUUUUUUUGAGG